CACAAGACUGCGACCUUUGACCUUUGUUCUAGUCGUCGUACCCAGGGUAGUUCCCAUGGUUACAUAUUUUGGUGUCUCCGACUGAGCAGAAACUUUCUCUUUGUUUAUAUAUCAGCCGCUUGGAUAAAACAACGACAAGUUCAUACAUAUGAAGUCGACAACUCGCUGAUAUUUUUCCAUUUACCAGUGCACGUGAUCUGAUGUCAGGAUGAAUGGCUCAACAGUCCAACCAAGCCAGGACACCAUCCAGUUCCUACAGACUAUAGAGCCAGAAGACCUGUCCCUGGCCACCUUUGUAGACUCCCUGGUUACCACAUCCGACACUGGGAAGGAGCUGGGGGAGUUCACAGUCAGUAUCCAGUAUGCAAAGUACAAGGGUGAAGAUGCCUACCUGGUGCAUGCCAACAGCCAUGGAGCCAUCGAUAAUGUGCCGUGUGGCACUUCCAUCACAGCUUAUGUUUCACCAAAGCUGGAAACUUUGGAACAGCAACACCACGAGUAUGUAAAACUUGCUGAUCACCCAUUGGACAGAAAGACCUUCAUUGUUAUUCAGGACGACAAGAUGGUCAUCAACAAGGUGGUGACACAAGGAGAGGAAGUCAGCAGAGGUGCGGAGACCUUUGAUCUAUCUACCAUGAAGGGGUUCAUAUCAGAGGGAUCUAACCUGCUGUUACAGCGGAUCCUUGUUCGGAAAGGCCUCCCCACCACUCUCUCCUUCCUGUCAUUUGACUCUGAAACCAACCUUUGUACUACCACUUAUAAAUCCCUUGAAGAGAGGACGGAGACGGUAGGGAAGGAAGAGGUGGAGGUUGUCGGGAUCGAGCGCACGAUCCACUCCACUGCCGACCUCCCCACUACAUGGCAGUCCUACUUUCUUAAGGACGGACAUCUCUGCAACAGGGUGCAAGUAGGUUCCCCUGUCACCAUGAAACUCCUGAGGAUGCCUCGCAUUAUGGAGAAAGAAGAGCCCAGUGAAAAGGCAGUUUUUGAGAAGAAGAGUUUGGACAUCAACGAGGAUAUGCAGCUGUUCUCCAUGUUCCUGGAUAGAAAGGACCAGUUGAAGAAUGACCACACCAUGUACAUGAGACACCACCCCGAGCUCCAGGCCAUCCUGGCAGACUUCCUCCAGUUUCUGCUCCUCAGGAAACCAGAAGACAUCUUCCCCUUCGCUGUGGACUACUUCUCAUCCUUCUCCUCCCAGCUGCCCUCCCAUAGCCCGUACGCAAAGUCGUCAGAAAUCCCGCCCAAGCCGCAGAAAGUGGACACAAACCUACCUCCGCCACCUUACCCUUGAUAGUUUCCAAGUCGGGCCACAGCAAGUAAAUUUUAUGGAUGACAUCCUAUGCAGAGUACAAAAAUAAUGAGAUAGCGUGAAAAAAACAAGAUGAGUAAAAAAAACCAAGAUGGCUAAAUUUUCAAAGUAGACACCAUAAAUGUCGUAACAGGAUUUGAAGUUUCAAAACAUGGCAUCACAACUAACAAGGCAUUCAUUCCUGUAUCAAAGAAGUGUACUAAAUCAAUAGUGCGGUACACUGGUAUCACUUGCCAAGCUAGCAUGGCUUCCAUAUUGGUGACACUUUUACACUUUUACAACUAUCCAACAAGUUUCACUUCUGCAACAAUAGUUAUGGCUACCUCUACAAGUCACUUCUACAAGUAUUAUUAUUAGGCUACAACACAACAUGUUUGCCCAUUUUGGUCUAUCUGACCACCCCUGAAGAGGGAAAAAUUCUUCUUUUUUUUUUCUGAAAUCAGUCAAAAUAAAUGAGCGCCCUGAUGUCAUCCAUAAAGUUUACAUGCUGUGGCCUCAUGGCUGCCUCCAAGACCCGUCCCUCCAUCCUAGGACUUGCUGGGAGGGAAAAAAAUUUCUACACAUCCGUCCCAAAAAUAUGAACUUCAUGACACAAAUAUAAAGAUGUAUUUUCAGAAGUUUAAAAUGAGAGAUUUAUCCACGAAUAUUAACAACCCAAAUAAGGCACUUUUCUAUAAGCUGGAGACAGUCCUGUCAAAGUAAAGGCCAUCAACUUUUCACACAUGUACCUUUUCAUUGUACUUCAGGAAAAAGUGAACAUGCUCUUGAAAAUUUAUUACCACAGUUGCAAAUCUUUUAGCUUCUUAAGGAAAGAUAUAGGUUUGAGAUGAUAUAAAAGUUCUGUACGCCAACGUAAUUUAUAAUAGUGCUUUGCUUUUUCUUUAUUUCGAACCAUUCGACAUGAUCAUAAAAAUGUUACUUGGAGCUUAUAUGUAAGGUGAUAUAAUAUUUUGUUAUUUGUUCUGUCUCUUUACAAGAAUUCUAACAGCCCAGUGGGUUAAAUUGUUGUGGUUUAAAACAAACUAUAUUAGAAGUAUGUGACAUAAUUGUUAAAGUUAUAAAAAUUGAAGUGGUUAUGUCACCAAUGCCACAGUUCCUGACUAAAAGCAACCAUCAUGAAUAUUCAAUAAACAUUCUAUAAGCUGGAGACAGUCCUGUUCAAAGUAAAGGCCAUCAACUUUUCACACAUGUACCUUUUCAUUGUACUUCAGGAAAAAGUGAACAUGCUCUUGAAAAUUUCCUAUUCAAUAAACAUUACAUAUUUGCACAAGUCAUGUACACUCUUCUUAUACAUGUAAUAUUGAACAUUGAAUAUACAAAACAUAUUUCUAGUUCUCGUCCUCCUGGUAGUCUUGAUUUCUGCCCAUGAAGUUACAGUAAACAUGGCACGCAAUUCGGAAUCUGGUACAUUCAUUGGACUCGAGAAGCAAACAGUGCAUAAUUUACGGUUAACUUAAAUACAUAUAUAGAAUUGCUAGUUUUCUUUAUGUCUGCUUUUGAAAAUAACUUUUUUCACAAGUUCUGGUGCCAGGUUUGUGUUUUUCAUGAUGUCAGAAAUUAACUGAAUGUAUUAUUUGUAAGAUUCGAUGUUCAAUGACAUCAAAAGAGUGACUUUCUGUUUUGCACAAAUAUCUUUGAUUAUUGAGUGGUACUGUUAUGGCUGAAUGGAAUCAGGAAAUGUUGACAUUUAUGAGAUAAGGACUUUGAGCAUUGGGAAAAAAUUCAUGUGUUUGACCAGAUAUUUUACUGAUAUGUUAGUCAAGCUUUAGUUUAUGCAUGCAUGAACUAUAUUUUGCUAGACUAUGUUAAAGUUGAUAGACCUUUGACUGUACAGUAGUAACAGUACCGUGAUAUUUUUUCAUCCUAUUAAUAGUUAUAGCUUGGAAGUGUUGUUGUCUUGCAUUGACCUUAUGUCACCCCAGUUGUAGAAAUGUUGAUGUGUGAUAUAGAUCUAGAAUAAAAUAAUUGUAGUAUGUA